GGUGAGGUUGUUAGAACAAACACCAAAUCCAUUAACAUUGGACCUACCAGAUCAAUGGUAUUGUAUUAAUGUGUGGAGGUCAAUUGAUAAUACAUUUAGUGACAUUCCUUAUGUACUUGUAGCAAACUUGAGGCAAGAAAACAUUAAAGACAAUAGUGUGAUUCAGGUGGAUGAUGAUCCAUUAUCUGCAAAUAGCAACAACAACAACAACAACAAUAUUAUUAUUAGCAAUAAUAAUUUAACAUCAACAAUUGAAAAACCAAAAAAUCCUUGGAAAAUCUUAAUUUCAUUAAAUGCAGUUCAACGUACAACUUUCCUUGCUGCUUUUCUUGGUUGGACCCUAGACGCAUUCGAUUUUUUCAUACUCAGUUUUACUGUAUCUUAUAUCGCUGAAGAAUUUAAAUUGCCACCUUCAACAAUCGCUGCAAGUAUUACGGUAACGUUAAUGUUACGUCCACUCGGUGCUGCGAUUUUUGGUCUUUUGGCAGAUCGUUAUGGCAGAAGAUAUCCUUUGAUUUUUGAUAUAAUUUUAUAUAGUCUGAUGGAAUUAUUAUCAGGAUUUGCUCCAAAUUUUACAAUUUUCAUGGUCUUUAGAGCAAUUUUUGGAAUCGCAAUGGGUGGUGAGUGGGGUUUAGGCGCUGCUAUGGCAAUGGAAACUUUACCACCUGAAACUCGUGGUAUAUUUUCUGGUAUUUUGCAGCAAGGAUAUGCAUUUGGAUAUCUUUUAGCAUCAGUUGCGUAUUAUUUUGUAGUAGAUAGUCUAGGUUGGAGAGCGCUGUUUUGGAUAGGUUCAUUUCCUGCUUUGCUAGUAAUAUUCAUAAGAUUUUUUGUGCCAGAAUCGCCAGUAUGGAAAUCACGACACGAAAAAAACAAUCAUUCUUCUUCCUCUAAUCGUCGUGUUAGUGGUACUAAAUUAUGGUUAGCAGAUAUUAAACUAGUAUUGAAAAAUCAUUGGAGAAGAUUUAUUUAUACCACAUUGUUAAUGACUGGAACCCAGGAUUUAUAUCCAACAUUUCUUCGACUUCAACUUGGAUUUACGUCAAUUCAAAUCACAACAACAUUAAUUAUAGCAAACACUGGUGCAAUAAUCGGAGGAAUGUCUUGUGGAUAUUUUUCAGAAUAUUUAGGCCGUAGACGUACCAUCAUAAUUUCAGUAUUUUUGGCCGGAUGUUUUGUACCUUUAUAUGUACUUUCUAGGAAUCAAAUUUGGAUAUCUAUUGGCGCGUUUUUAUUGUAUUUUUUUGUGCAGGGAUCAUUUGGUGUGGUUCCUGUUCAUUUGAAUGAACUAUCGCCACCAAAUCUUCGUGGCACAUUUCCAGGAUUAACAUAUCAAAUUGGCACUUUGAUAUCAUCCUCUUCAGCGCAAAUAGAAGCAACAUUAGGUGAAAAAUUUAGACUUGAUAAUAGUGUGCCAAAUUAUGGUUUGAUUAUAGGUAUAUUAUCAGGUGCUUGCAUGUCUUUUUUAAUUUUGAUGGCUUUGAUUGGCAAAGAAGCUAAAGGGGUUGAUUUUAUGUCUCAAGACGAGGACGUUGAUAUUGACAUCGAUAGAAACCAAUUGGAAAAACAAAAUCAAGUGCGAGAACUAUAA